AUGUCCGAAACUCUAGCAUUAAUAUCAAGAACACUUUCGUCAUCAUCAAACGAAGGUGAGCUAAAAGACAGUGCAACUACAACAAACAGUUCAAAUUCAAAAAAAUUUGAGGGUGAUGGGCUUCCUUUUAAGUGCAAACUGAUUGGUACGGAAUAUUUAUCAGUUGAUCGUGACGAAAAAGUUUGUCUCGAUUCAAUGUUUAAAUUAAAAGCUGUUGUAAAGACACGUGGUGAACAUAAACAAAGAGUUCAAUUAAAUUUAACUAUGAGUGCUCUUAAAGUUAUUGAUGAAGCCACCGAAGCACAAAUAGCUAUUCAGGAAAUUGAGCGUAUCUCAUUUGUUGUUAUUGAUCCACGUGAUACACGUGCAUUCGGAUAUAUCUAUAACACAUCUGAUGGUUGUCAUCAAUUUUGGGCUAUUAAAACUGAACGAGCAGCUGCUACAACUGUAUUUGCACUUAAAGAACUGUUUGAAUUGGCUUUUGAACAAUAUAUAAAUUCGAACAAAGCGAAAGAAGCUACUAAAGAAACAAGAGUACCAUCUUCAUCAGUAUCAACUGUGAAACAGGUUGCUGCAAUAGAAGAAGCACCACCACAAGGUGCUCUUGUUUUUUCACCACCAUCACCACAAACUGAUACGAAUACUCACCAAUCGAUAAAUGUUCGUAAAGGCGAUUUGACAACGGAGCAAACCGAUGUUAUUGUCGUAUGUUCUUCAUCACAGUAUUUGCUCGAAAAUAUUUUCAAAGUCGGUGGAGAUGCCGUAAUGACAUCGUACAAUAAUGAAUCAAAACUAAACUCAUCAACAGUUACAGCUGUUGUAGCUGGUGGGAGACUCUUGUCGAAAAAAGUUUACUUCCUUUCAUGGCGUCCGAAUACUAACGAAACUUUACUUUGUGAAUCAUUGAAAAAAUUUGUCUCAAAUGCGAUUGAAAAAGCAACAACUGAAAAUUAUCAAAGUAUUGCAUUUCCAGCUAUUGGCUGUGGCCGGUUUGACUGUUCGAUCAGUCUUGUUGCUAAAACUUUGGUUGAGGAAGCACAUCGACUAGUAGCCACGAAUGCAAUUUCCGUUUCAUUUAUAAUACAACCGGACAAAGAAAAUAUUUUCCACGAGUUUCAAAAACAAAUCGAUUCACUAGAACAAGUACAACAAGUUUCAGAAAUAUCAACAGUGUCUAUGUCGAUUGGAAAAGGAAUGGUUGUAGUUGAAAAGGGGAACAUAAUAUCACAAAAGGUUGAUGCUAUUGUUGUAAGUUCAUCUUCGGAAAUCUUAAAACAGGUUAUAGUCAAAGCAGCUGGCCUUGAAGUUAAAGCUGCGUAUGAAAGCGAAUAUAAGCAUAAUCCGAAUUCAAUCCUGAUUUCAACCAUAUCUGGUCAGUUAUGUUGUAAGCGAAUUUUUUUUCUUAAAUGGCAACCAAAUGCGAAUGAUUCUAUACUUCGACAAUCGGUCGUCGAUUUCAUAUGGAAUGUUAUCCAACAUGUUGUUGCGUACAAUUAUGAAUCGGUUGCAUUUCCAGCUAUAGGAUGUGGAAAACAUGGUUGUUCCAUAGAUAUUGUAGUCAAAACGAUGGUCAAGGAAAUUAAAAAACAUCUUGAAAUGAGAAAUUUAUCGCUGCAAGUCAAGUUUGUGAUUCAGCCUGAACAACAAAACGUUUAUGAUGAGUUUUGCAAGCAAGUUCUGAUAUCAGAUGAAGUUCAUGGAAAAUCCGUUGAACAUAAACUACCAGCGACAUGGAAGCAAUCAACAGAUAAUCGACUAAGGCUUCGUCCUCGACCACUUUGA